AGAUGCGAUGUUUUCCUCAGUCUGACGGUGGCUGUGAACGCGCGCGGAUCCAUCGGAACCAAUAAGUCUUCUAUCCCCGGGUUGACCGUUAUUCCUAGGUUGGUGUUGUGGAGAAAAACAGAUCGUGAAGAGUUCUGAUCGAUUCAGUGAUUCGGAGUUGUAAUCGAAUUUAAUUGAAUCGAAUUACACGGUAGAUGACCCGUGGUUACCGGUUGAGGGUGGGCUUAUGAAGGCCAACCGGCGAAUUGUUGUGUGUGUGUUUUGACAAAAUAAAAGGAAGUCUAAAUUUGGUGCCAAGUGAGAAUGAAAAUAUACGUUGCGGAACACCAACGGAAAGCUUGCUGAUUGUUUGGACCACGUGGUGAAAGUGAUUGCGACGGAGCUAAACGCGCUGUUAUUAGAGGGCCGUUUGUCGGCGUCAUCCAUAAGCAAUUGGCACAGAGUGCGGUGCGGCGAUUGGUGACAACUAAAAACCGGUGAAAGGAACCUAGGGCCUUCGUUUUGGCGCGCGAGACAAACUGGCGAUGGAAGGUCACGAGAAUAACGGAUUCGUAGGGGAUAGCCCCUCGAUACCGGGUCAGUUCCGAUGGAGUAAAACAAUCGAGAAUGGUACAGCAGUUCACAGCAAUGGUUCCGCCGAUAGAAGGAAUUCUGGGAGCGGAGACUCAGUAGUCACACAAACAGUAUUAAGUAGUUCAACACCCUCUCUGGAUAAUGGAGAAACGGAAGGCGCCAAAGAGCGCGAUCAGUGGGGAAAAGGAAUCGAGUUCCUGAUGUCCUGCAUAGCCAUGUCCGUCGGACUUGGUAACGUGUGGCGUUUUCCCUUCAUUGCUCUACAGAAUGGAGGCGGUGCUUUUGUCAUACCGUACAUAAUAGUGCUUCUACUGGUUGGUAAGCCAGUAUACUACAUGGAAAUGAUCAUUGGGCAGUUCUCCAGUCGAGGCAGCGUUAAAGUGUACGACUGCGCUCCUGCUAUGAGAGGCGUCGGCUAUGGGCAGGUCCUCUCGAUAGCGAUCGUCUCCACUUACUACGCGUCGUUGAUGGCCACCACGCUGAAGUAUCUGUUUGAGUCGUUUCAAAAGAUCCUUCCGUGGGCCACCUGCGACGAUAGCUGGGCCGGUUUCUGUAUCCCUUCGGGGGAUGCCUCGCUUCAAAAACCCUCGAACGACACGAUCGCGUCCAACGUGACCUCCGUUGUACAAAUGAGUUCUUCAGCCGAAUUGUACUAUAAACGUGUGGUUCUAAAAGAGAUCGACAGCAUCGAUGAUGGAAUUGGCCUUCCAGACUGGCAGCUCACUUUGUUUCUAUGCCUGUCAUGGUCCAUCGUUCUGCUAAUCCUGAUCAAGGGUGUUCGAAGUGCCGGAAAGGUAUCCUACUUCUUGGCCUUGUUCCCGUAUGUCGUCAUGGGCAUCCUGCUGGUACGCGCCUGCACGCUUCCAGGUGCCAUCAACGGUAUCGUCUACUUCCUCAAGCCCCAGUGGGACAAGAUCCUGGACCCGAAGGUUUGGUACGCCGCCGUUACUCAGUGCUUCUUUUCGCUAUCGAUCUGCUUCGGUAACAUUAUCAUGUACUCGUCGUACAACAAGUUUCGCCAUAACGUUCAUCGGGAUGCCACCAUCGUGACCACAAUUGAUACAUUCACUUCCCUGUUGGCUGGAUGUACGAUCUUCGGGAUUCUCGGACAUUUGGCGCAUGUCGUUGGCAGCAAGGACGUCGGAUCGGUAGUGAAGCCAGGUGCUGGGUUGGCGUUCAUUUCCUAUCCGGAAGCGAUUGCGAAGUUUGACGUCGUACCGCAAGCGUUUUCGGUGCUGUUCUUCCUGAUGUUGUUUGUGCUAGGAAUCGGAAGUAACGUAGCGAUGACGUCAUGUGUGAUGACCGUGAUCCGGGAUCAGUUCCCAAAGGUGAAGAACUGGCACGCAGCUACGGUGAUUGCGCUUUGUGGAGUAGGUUUGGGAAGCAUCUACGUUACUCCUGGCGGACAGUACAUUCUGACUCUGGUUGAUCACUUUGGGGCGUCCUUCAUCGCGCUGGUUCUAGCGAUUGCUGAGCUGAUCACUAUUGGAUGGAUCUACGGAGUGGACAGGCUGUGUAAAGACGUGGAAUUCAUGCUGGGCAUUCGACCGAAUUUGUACUGGCGAUUGUGUUGGAAGUGGAUAACUCCAUUGCUGAUGGCAGCCAUCUUGAUUUACAAUCUCAUAUCGUUGGAGCCGUUGACUUAUCAGGGCUAUGUCUAUCCAACGAUCGCCUAUGAUUUCGGCUGGUCUAUUGCUGCAUUUGGACUUUUGCAAUUGCCCAUUUGGGGACACGCUAUUUUAAAACAAGAUGGAAAGAGCUGGACUGAAAAAUUGACCAACGCCUUCCGACCGUCGAAAAAUUGGGGACCUAUCGAUGCGAACCUUAACCAAGAGUACAAAAAAUUCAUCAAUGAAGACUGAUGAACCAUUUUUGGUGCGACAUGUUGCCAAGGGAGUGCUGCCAAUGGAUGAAAAUGGCUCAACAAAGCUGAUGAUUUGCCCAAGUGCUAAAAAGUAUUACUAAAAAGAUAUGAUUUGUGAUAUACAUAUGGAAAACUCGUGUAUUAUGAUGUAAUAUAAUUUAUUUUACUUUUACGACAAUAAACAAUAAAAAAGA